GCGCAGAUGUGUGAGACCUUUUAUUGUAAGAGUGGACAGACAUCCCAGAUUUCAGACCCCCAUAUUCGAACCCCGUGGGAUCCCGCGGCCCCCAGCGAGCGCCAGCAUGCAGAACAGUCACAGCGGAGUGAAUCAGCUCGGUGGUGUCUUUGUCAACGGGCGGCCACUGCCGGACUCCACCCGGCAGAAGAUCGUAGAGCUAGCUCACAGCGGGGCCCGGCCGUGCGACAUUUCCCGAAUUCUGCAGACCCAUGCAGAUGCAAAAGUCCAAGUGCUGGACAAUCAAAACGUGUCCAACGGAUGUGUGAGUAAAAUUCUGGGCAGGUAUUACGAGACUGGCUCCAUCAGACCCAGGGCAAUCGGUGGUAGUAAACCGAGAGUAGCGACUCCAGAAGUUGUAAGCAAAAUAGCCCAGUAUAAGCGGGAGUGCCCGUCCAUCUUUGCUUGGGAAAUCCGAGACAGAUUACUGUCCGAGGGGGUCUGUACCAACGAUAACAUACCAAGUGUGUCAUCAAUAAACAGAGUUCUUCGCAACCUGGCUAGCGAAAAGCAACAGAUGGGCGCAGACGGCAUGUAUGACAAACUAAGGAUGUUGAACGGGCAGACCGGAAGCUGGGGCACCCGCCCGGGUUGGUAUCCGGGGACUUCGGUGCCAGGGCAACCUACGCAAGAUGGCUGCCAGCAACAGGAAGGAGGGGGAGAGAAUACCAACUCCAUCAGUUCCAAUGGAGAAGAUUCAGACGAGGCCCAGAUGCGACUUCAGCUGAAGCGGAAGCUGCAGAGAAAUAGAACAUCCUUUACCCAAGAGCAAAUUGAGGCCCUGGAGAAAGAGUUUGAGAGAACCCAUUAUCCGGAUGUGUUUGCCCGAGAAAGACUAGCAGCCAAAAUCGAUCUACCUGAAGCAAGGAUACAGGUAUGGUUUUCUAAUCGGAGGGCCAAAUGGAGAAGGGAAGAAAAACUGAGGAACCAGAGGAGACAGGCCAGCAACACCCCCAGUCACAUCCCCAUCAGCAGUAGCUUCAGCACCAGUGUCUACCAACCAAUCCCACAACCCACCACACCUGUUUCCUCCUUCACCUCGGGCUCCAUGUUGGGCCGGACAGACACCGCCCUCACCAACACGUACAGCGCCCUGCCGCCUAUGCCCAGCUUCACCAUGGCGAAUAACCUGCCUAUGCAACCCCCAGUCCCCAGCCAGACCUCCUCGUACUCCUGCAUGCUGCCCACCAGCCCUUCGGUGAACGGGCGGAGUUAUGACACCUACACCCCCCCACAUAUGCAGACACACAUGAACAGUCAGCCGAUGGGCACCUCGGGCACCACUUCCACAGGACUCAUUUCCCCUGGUGUGUCAGUUCCAGUUCAAGUUCCUGGAAGUGAACCUGAUAUGUCUCAGUAUUGGCCAAGAUUACAGUAAAAAAAAAAAAAAAAAAGGAUAUAUUGUGUUAAUUCAGUCAGUGACUAUGUGGACACAACAGUUGGGCGUUCAGGAAGGAAAGAAAAAUGGUUGUUAGAAGCACUUCAGUUCUGCAUUUGUGUCCUGUAUUGUACCACUGGGGAAUGGACUUGAAACAAGGACCUUUGUAUACAGAAGGCACGAUAUCAGUUGGAACAAAUCUUCAUUUUGGUAUCCAAACUUUUAUUCAUUUUGGUGUAUUAUUUGUAAAUGGGC